AUGCCGACGCUCAUCAUCACCGUGAACCUAGAGUGCUGCCGCUGUAGCAGCAAGAUCCAAAAGAUCCUCUGCUGCAUCCAACAAGGCACGUACUCCUACCAUCUUUCAUUCAGUUCAGGCCAAUAUAUACGUAAAGGAGAGUUCGUCAUCAAGAAGAUCAUGUACGAGAAGAACAAGGUCUUGGUCUCAGGCCCAUUCGACGCCGACAAGCUGUCCAGCAAGCUGUGGUGCAAGGCUGGAAGGAUCGUCAAGAACAUCGAGGUCGCCAAGCCGCCACCAAAACCUGAUCCCAAGCCCGAGCCCAAGCCCAAGCCAGAGCCAUCCCCGUGCAAGCAGAUAUACCCUUACCCUUACCCGUUCCCGUGCCCACAGCCGGGCGUGGCCGUGCAGCUGCUCAAAGCCUCACUGUACAUGGUAGUGGAGGUCUUUAUAGAUGCAGCUAGAGGUGAACAGGACCCUGUAAUCCUCACCCAAUUUAAUAUAACAAAAGUUAUAAGAGAUAGCAUUCAACUCAACUUUGGGGAGUGUGGCCUAGCUGGAUCUCUUGGAUCAUUGCAAGUUAAGUAUGUUAAUCCUGUAACAAAGCUCUGCAUUGUCCGUGUGUCACGUGAAGACCACCAGAAAGUUUGGGCUGCUAUGACAAUGGUGAGGUGCAUUGGGAAGAUCCCUGUUUCAUUCAACUUGCUCGACAUGAGUGGAAGCAUCAGGGCUUGCAAGAAAGCUGCACUGGAGUGUGAUGAAGCGAAAUUUGAACAAUACAAGGUGGCUGCUGGCAAUCGUAUCACGACAGAGAUCAUCCAGUCCGUAGAGAGCUGCUUUGAGAAGAUUAGAGGACUAGAGAGCUAG